UAUGCAUGGUGGCCUUGUCCCUAUUUGACACGUUGCUGAGUCUCAACUGCGAAGACAUCAUGUUGGAAUUGGCCCUCAAGUACCUGCUCAGCUGUCAACACGUGCCCAUCUCGCAUCGGUUCAAGGUGAAUCGAGUGGAUCCAUACAGCAACGCCGUCGAGUACUUCCUGAACACAUCGCCGGACAUUAUGAAAAAGGUCAACAACGUGUUGAACAUCAACAAUAACAACAAUAGCGUCAACCAGCCACCGUCGAUGCUGGGCAGUGGGCCAUCAUCAUCAAUGUCCCAGGGUGGACGUAACAUCAGCAAAACGAUCGGUGCCAACUGGAACCACUACGGGAUCAAUACCGGGGAAACGCUUCUGGCCAACUACCAGGCGUACCUGUUGGAGGCCCGCAACCGGAUAGUCCAAUGCAAACAUGCCUGUGAUCAGUGGAACAAUGUGUAUCGUUACCAAAAAUUGAGCAAGCUGGUGAACAACAAUAGCAAUAGUUUAAGUCAUAACGGUAGUGCAGCGGGCGCGAGCGACGACGUUCGAACGUAUAAAGUACAAAUGAUCAAAAACUUCCUAGCGGAGUUUACGACCGGUCCGGACAGUGCGGUCGAUAUGACCGGGGAUGGGGACCGGUCGAGUCAGUGCCAAUCGCCGGCGGGGAUGUUCGGUACGGGGCAUCAUGGGGCGCAUCUGAUGACCACGACUUCGAAGCAAUUGGACAGUUUGCAAUCGCUGGGUGAUAGCAGUGGGUACGAGAGUUUGAAUAUUAUAAAUUUGGGUGGAACGGGAAGUGAGGACGGUCGACGGCAUGAGGCGUGGAAAGUUUCCAGCGUGAAGGAGGAAACUAUCGUGGAUCUGGAUCUGUCGGAGGAUCUGUUCGCGCAGGGGACCGUCAGUUUGGGUCCCUUCCUAACGGCCAUAUGGGGCAAGUUGCAAACGUUUACGAGUAACUGCUUGUACGUCAAUCUUCAUCUUACCGGGCUGAUCAGUCAUCUGGCGUGGUUUCCUCUGCCUUUGUUGCACUCCAUCCUGCUGCGACCUGAUAUACCGACCACUUCCGAUACGCCGUCGUUUCAUCAGGUCCUGAAAAUCCUCAAACAACAAAUUGACGCCGAACUGCCCGACUGCGAUGAAUCGCUAGAGAUCGUGGAUGUCGCCCGGUCCUUCCUCGUUGACCGAGAAUUUCGGCUCAUCAACAUGCGCAAGAAUGCCAUCGAAUCCAACCCCAACAGCAGUAAACUGUUGCUCCUGAAUGGUGGAGCCGGUGCAUCCGGCGCCGUAUCGAUGACUUCCAAUCUGUCGCAAACGACACCGAUGCAGCUCACACCAAGCUCCUCGUACGAUCCGUUCAAACGAAACGACACCAAACGGAAAAGCAUUUCCAAUUCGUUUUCCAGUAUUUUUCGACGACCCGGAUCCUCUGCUUCAUCUGGUAUAGCACAAGUAUUUCAAUUUUUUACCGGAGGAGGAUCUAGCAGUAACAACUCGUCUGCCAGUCAUCAAUCUUCUUCGUCGCCAUCGCCAGCCGGUUCCCAGCAGUAUCUGUCAUCCAACAGCUCCGGGGUAAGUAGCUUCAUUAGCGGCAGCAGCGGCAACCGAAGGGAAUCCCGGGAAGCAGAAACCCAAUUCGUGGACCAUCCGUCCUCAUUGGGUGGAGGGCCUAUGAGCAUGAACAUCGGAGGUCCCACAAGUAUAGCCUCGGGCACUGGGAGUCCCCAUAACAGCCUCGAGUACUCGCUGAUCAACAUCAACGGGUCCAUUGUCGGGGGUAUCGGAAGCGAACGGCAGCGGGAUUUGGCCGUUAGCGCCGUGGUGUUGGACGAGUGGUUGAAAGAACUCGCGGCCAUCACCCAGGAACAGUGCAUUAUAAUGAUAUCGGACCAGGUGAUAUCCCAGAAGCAAGGGAAAACCAGCUGAGACAGGCUUGGCCAUGGUGGCUUCUUCCGGAGGAAGCCUAACAAGUUUAGUUGAUAAGAGAGCUUUAUUUAAAUUUUACUAAGCUAUAACGUCUAUCGCCUAUGUUUAUUUUAAAUUUUACGAUUCCAUUUGUUUUAUACGGAAAGUGCGGCUUUAGCACGUCGCCAGACGAGAAUCGUGAACCGCGUUUUCAUAUACAUCACAUCCGUUCAUUUCUAAAAUGACUAAAAUUUUAUAUUUUAUUUAAAAUAAAUCUAGAUUUUUAAUUCUUUUCUUAUUUCUUCAAACGUUACUGUUAUAACAGUGGUAUACCAAAUGGCAUAAAGUCGAUCAGUCUAAAGCUGUUUGGCGUAACGGCGUCUUUUGGCCGAACACAAAAAAAAACAUACAAAUAAUUGCGGUCAUGCUAACUGAACGUUUGCGUAAUUUAUGAUUGUUUCAAUCGGUUUUGUCCUAAGCAGCUUUAAGAAAAAUGACUACACUGCAAAAUAUUUUUGCGUAAUCAAGUAAUCAAGCAAACUUUGCUGAUUUUUGGCGUGCUGAUUGCAUUCAGCAAUACAAAUUACUGAGUAUCAGCAAUUAUUUUUCAACUUGCUGAACCAUCCAGCAAUUUUGACAGUGUUGAUCAGCAAAGCUGUGCUGAAAUUCAGCAAAAAUGUUGCUGAAAUUCAGCAAUUUCUUUUUCUGAUGUACGUCAUAGGCUGCCUCUGUUACAACUAAACGUUUGACGUUUUUAUUUGUCCGAUUGUAAUAUAUAUUUUACGAAGGAAACUGAUUUUACGAAUGCAAUAACUGAAACGAAAUGUCUAAAAUCUAAACAUAUGUUAGAUCUUUUGCGUGCUGAUCUCUAACUCUCUUUAACAAAAGUAAACCUUUACAACGAUUGUCCAGCAACUUCGAUCAAUUAACUUAGUAUCCGACGGUUAACUACCCCCCACACAGUUUAAGUACCAUAUAGCUAUACCUAACAGCCGUGCAAAGCCAAAUAAAUAGCUACGAAAACGUCCGUAGAGCAACAACCUUAAUCAAAAUGAUAUUCGUUCAGAUUUUGUGAGUAUUUAGUUUGUACAUAUACCUGCCUAUAAUAUGAAAAUGGUCCACAAGUUGAGAAUGCAAUAGACAGUAACUGAAAGCUAAUCAUGCCGAGAAAAUGAUAAAAUGGAGGAACAAAUUGUAAAACUUAUGGAAUGUAAUUAGAUAGAGAGUCCUUUCGAUGGGGUUCAUUGUAAAGAGCUAGGAUAUUUUGUACGAAAAUAUAUUAAAUUAGCCCGAUUGAUAUUUGCGAGAGAGACACUGAAA